CAAAGAUACCUUCUGCGACAUUACAGUUAAUUCUUUCUUAUUCGCAUUCUUAACACUAUGACUGUCUACUCUUCUCACUUCUUCCCCACUUCGCCCGCUGGCUCUGGUAAUUCCAAUGUGCAGUACUCGCACACCAAAGCCACCGUCGGCCUGGGCCUCGGACUGCCGUCCGACGUGCUCACCACCAGUGUGCAUGUGCAUGCUGGUGUUGGCCUGGGGAUCUUCAUCGACAGCUGGUUCCUCGAUGACGACACCCAGUCGGAGGAGCCAGCGUCGAUGUCACCGGUGAUGCCCUCGCCGCCGCUGCUCGCCCCGCGCCGGUCGCCUCGCAAGCCGCCGACAGAAUCGCCGGGGAGCGAGUACGCACCGAUGCGCACACCGUCCCCGAGCGUGCGCGGCUGUGUGAGCGACGUCGAUGGCACGUUCGCGCCUUUGAUGGCUGCCGCGCCGUUCUCGGGCGGUGGUGCCACGGGCGGCGCCGCCACCGGUGUCGGACUGGGCAUAGACGUUCCCGGCCUCGGCGUCUCCGAGGUCGCGUCGUCCUGCAGAGAGUCUGGGCGUGCCGGUGCGACGCUGGUUGGACUGGGGCUGAGCCUGCCGUGCCUCGACGAGGCCGAGCUCGUCACCACCAUCGAGCCCCAGUCGACCCACGCAGCCGGCGUCGCUGUCGACCUCUCGUUCCUCGAGGACGAUGCAGACUCCUCCUCCUCCUCGUCGGAGGUCGAGGGCUCCCUGCCGUCGCCUUGGUCGCAUCCUGCUUCACCUGUGCUCGUCUCGUGUGUCAUAGAGACGGUGCACCCGAAGCCAGCGCGGGCGUAUGGCGGGGUGGGCUUUGCGUUGGAUGGCGAGAUUGACGGUGAAUACCAGAGUGACCCUGACGGGGACUCGGUCCAUCAUGGUUCACCGUGUGAGGAGCCCACACUGGGAUUUGACUCGCCGUUCUGGGCGACGUAUGCGUCUGCACUUCAGGGGGCCUACUAGCUUUAUCUGUGGGUGUAUUUAUUGUCGGCUGGUCCGACUUCCUAUCAUUACACAUACAAUUAUACUUGAAAUUA